AUGCGUUUCACCACCGCCGCCGCUGUUCUGGCCACCUCGGUCCUCGCCCAGGAGCCCGUCUCCACCGACUACACUACCGAGUUGAUCACCAUCACCCAGUGUGCUGCCUCCAUCACCAACUGCCCGGCCCGCCACCAGACCACCUCCGUCCAGACCAACUACAUCCCGUUGACCACCUCUACCUUUUACGUGACCAACGUCCACACCGUCACCUCUUGCGGCCCUGAGGUCACCAACUGCCCGGCUCACAGCACCGUCCUGUCCACUGAGGUUGUCCCUACCUCCACCGCUGUCGGCCCGGUCAUCACCUCUGCCCCGGCUCUUCCCACCACCCAGGUCUGGUCCAACGGCACUGCUCCUUACUCCUCUGUCGUUGCUCCUCCUCCUUACUCUGCUCCGGCCGCUCCCGUCAGCUCCGCCGCUGCCGUCUCUGUCCCCGCUGUCUCCAUCCCGGCUCAGCUCCCCACCAGCGGCGUUGCUGCUCCCACUGGCGGUGCCCCCGGUGCCCCCGUCAGCUCCGCCGCCGCUCAGUGCCCCGGCAGCUCCGUCAUCGCCGUCACCAAGAGCUACACCACCGUUCUGACCUCUGUUGAGUACCAGACCGUUGCUGCUCCUUGCGCUACCGCCCCUGCUGGUGGUGCCCCCGGCAACGGUGCUGGUGCUCCCUCUGGCACUGGUGCUGUUCCUCCUGUCCCCACUGGCCCUGCUGGCAACGGAACCUCUGUUCCUCCCCCUGUUAACGGCGCUGCUUCCUUCACUGGCUCCGUCGCUUUCGCCGCCAUUGCCGGUGCCGUCGCUGUGUUCCUUGCUUAA